CCGUGUGUACAUCGCUGGAGUGUCAGUGCUUACCUGCCAGAUUUGUAUGGCGGAUUGUAUUCCAUAUCGGUGUUUUUUGGAUUUUCUUCACCAGCAAUUGGCCAAAGUAAUCAGUUAAUUGUGGGACAUACAACGUAAAGGUUGUAAAGCGCGGAUAACGGUUCAAGCUGUUUAUUUUCUUGUGUAUUUUGGUAAAAGAAAAUAAAAACACCCAACGAAAAGAAGUGAUUUUCUAGUGAAUUGAAGUGAAACAACCCCAACAACAUAAUCACAGUGAAAUGCUAAGAGAAUCAUAUGGCCGUGAAGUUAAAAUGAAGAUGUCUUAAAGAAGAAUAUCUUAAUUGAAUUAUAACGAAUAAAAAAAAAAACGGCCAAAGCAUUGUUGCUGUACUGCUGCUACGCACAAUUCCAACCUCAAAAAAAAAAAUUAACUACAAUUCAUACGGGGAAAGUUAGGCGGAAGAAAGUAAUAAACAAUUUAAUUCAAAUUCUAAAGAAGAAGCUAAGAAAAGAAGAAACAAAUCAUCACACAUAAUAUUUUGUUUUCACAUGCCAUAUUGAUGACAAGCAUUUGUUGGUGGGGGUAAAUAGAAAACAACAACAACAACAAGAAUAACAAGAACAAAAGAAAAAACAACAAUAACAAUAGGUUCUUGGCUUCCACCUAUGAGUGUUUGUGUGUGUGUGUGUGUACUAUAGUUUGUGUGUAUUGUCAUACCGGACACAGACUAGUAGCUGACUGAUGUAAACAAAAGACUUAAGACACAAACUUUUCAAAGUGCAUAUUCUCGCUCUCCAUACAUGUGGCGGCGGGAGACCAACAAAUAUUGCAAAUAAUACGACAAAAAUCAUAUGAUUAACGUACUUUAACGUUUCUUUGCGUAAUUAAGGCCAUUUCGUUUUGUGGUUUUAUCCGCUCCGAGUGUUUGUGUGUGUGUGUGAGCGCGAUUUUUUUUGUUUAUUAUCUUGCGGUGGCAUUAAAGUCAUACACUCCGCAGCCAAUCUUAGUGUUAAUUAGUAAGCAGUACAUCUACUAUAGAAAAGAAAAAACCUACAAAAACAUACACAUUUGCCAGAAGCAUACACAGAGCAAUCUAAUUCAUUUCAUUGAUGCCAUAAUUGGAUUAAAAAUAUUUCCUUUGGUGUUUUUGUAUUUCCUUCUUGUGAAGUACUCGAAAAAACUGUAACAGCGACAACAACUACAGCAGCUUUUUUGUGAGCUACAACAACAGCCAAGAUUUGUUACCAACUGUAGCUACGUUAUUGUCAAAAUUAAAGUCAUUAACAGCACAAUUGCCACUUGCAGCAGAUUUUAUUUUAACAACAUGAUUUUAAGAAUAUUUCUAUUAACAGCAGCCCUGCUGUCACCCUACCUUAUCGAAGCACAAUUCCAUAAUUUUGGUGAAGCCAUAAAUACAUCACCAGUGGGUGGUGAUUGUACUCUUAUACUAGCCGGUCCAGGCAGAUCAUCAGUAUAUGAUUACAGUGUGAAUUUAUUCCGGGGAUCGCUAACUCCGUACAAUGGUGACUCAACUUGUAUAACAUAUGAUGCUGUUAACGCUGCCUAUUUGGAUGCACGCAAGAGAAUACAUGUAUCUCAACCCAAAGGAGAUUGGAAAACUGAAGAUAUAGCCACCGUGGGUGAACUGCUCUUGGACAUUUCCAUACAAUUGGCCAGAACUUAUGGCCUAUCGUACGAAGAAAUUGAAAAGGGGCUGCCCACCAUCGACACCUCCAAGACACUGAUACGUGAGGUGUGCCCACCAUUUUUCUCUGGCGUUGAAUGCCGUCCAGGCAAAUACAGGCGUUUCGAUGGUUUAUGCAACAACAUUGAACAUCCCACAUGGGGAGCUGCUAUGUCACCGUUCCAGCGCUUGAUUGGCCCCCUUUAUGCUGAUGGCAUUAAUGCUCCACGUAUUUCGGUAACGGGUCGUGAUUUGCCUUUCUCGCGUGUGGUAUCGCGUACAAUGCAUCCCGAUGAUGGUUAUCAUGAUCAUGCUGGUACUGUUAUGGUCAUUGCUUGGGGUCAGUUUAUGGAUCACGAUUUCACCCUAACAGGCACACCCUUGGAUCCCAUCAAUCGUAAUGAUCCCGAGGAGUGUUGCAAACGCCCUUUGCAUUUGAAGCAUCCCUAUUGCAAUGAGAUCCGUGUGCCCGAUGAUGAUUACUUCUAUCGUCUUUUCAAUGUUAAGUGCAUUGAUUUUGUUCGUGGCUUCCCUUCACCCAGACCAGGCUGUCGUUUGGGCUCCCGUCAACAAUUCAAUACCUUAACUGGCGUUAUUGAUGCCAAUACUGUCUAUGGUGUUAAUGAGAAAUUUGCCCGCAAACUACGUACCGGUUAUGGUGGUCUAAUGCGUAUGAACCCUGUGUUCCAAGAGUAUGGCCUUAAGGAUUUAUUACCCCUCAAACUUGAUAUCCCCGAAGAAGGUUGCACCAGACCCAACAAGAGUAUGUUCUGUUUUGAGGCCGGUGAGAUUCGUGUCAAUGAACAAUUGGUCUUGACCUGCAUGCACACCCUGAUGGCCAGAGAACAUAAUCGUUUGGCUACCGGACUGGCCCACAUCAAUAAACAUUGGGAUGAUGAGACCCUAUUCCAGGAGGCCAGACGUAUUAAUAUUGCCAUUGUCCAACAUGUGACCUACAAUGAAUUUUUGCCUAUUCUAUUGGGUAAAGAGGUUAUGGAGAAAUUCGGUUUGGUUUUGCAAAAGGAUGGCUAUUGGGAUGGCUAUGAUCCUAAGGUUAAUCCCGGAAUUAUUGAUUCAUUUGCUGGUGCUGCCUUCCGUUUUGGUCAUUCGCUAUUGCCCACAGCCGUUGAACGUUGGUCCAAGGCCCAUAAGUUCAUAGCCUCCAAGAGAUUAUCGGAUUUGAUCAGACGUCCCUAUGAUUUGUAUAGAGCUGGUGUUUUGGAUGAAUAUUUCAUGGGUCUGAUGAAUCAAGUGGCCCAGGCUAUGGAUGAUUCCAUAACUCAAGAGGUAACCAAUCAUUUGUUUAAGAAAGAAGGUGCUAGAUUUGGCAUGGACUUGGUGUCAUUCAAUAUGCAAAGAGGCCGUGAAUUUGGCAUACCCGGCUAUAUGGAGUUCCGUAAGUUCUGUGGUCUACCUACCUCGAAUACCUGGGACGAGAUGUUUGGCUCCAUGCCCAAUGAUACAAUUUUGAGAUAUCAAAGCAUAUUUGAGCAUCCUGCCGAUAUUGACUUAUGGUCUGGCGGUGUCUCUGAAAAGUCACUGCCCGGUUCCAUGUUGGGACCCACUUUCGCCUGUGUCAUUGCCACUCAAAUGAGUUAUUUGAGACGUGGCGAUCGUUUCUGGUAUGAAUUACCCAAUCAGCCAUCUUCAUUUAGUCCCGAACAACUACAGGAAAUACGCAAGGCCAAAUUGUCGCGUUUGAUAUGUGACAAUACCGAUUUAAUUGAUACAGUACAAAUAUAUCCCAUGGUGUUGCCAGAUCAUGAAAUUAACCCUCGUGUACCUUGUAAGAGUGGUGUUAUACCAUCCAUCGAUUUGAGCAAAUGGGCCGAUUAUGCUAGUCAUGAUGUAGCUUCACCAGUCUUUAAUUACAUCAACGAAAUUCCCGAUACUCUACUCAAUUUCCGCAAAAAAUAAGGAUGAUAAUGAACUAUUUGAUUUUCUUCAGUCUAAGUCUUCCAUCACCAACUUUUUCUUCUCUUUUUAAAAUAGUCAAGGAUUAUUUCAACUUUAAACAAUCAAACAAUCCAAACUUCCACCCCCCAAUGGAGUUCCCAAUAAUGAGCUAUGCAUUUCAGAAUUUAAAAAUCUAUUCUAAGUCAUUUUUAUUUGUCUAUUACCAUCCCCCUAUUUUAUAAAAAAAAUAAACACCUUUAGGUGUUUUUGUAUUGCUCUAAAUAUUUCAUUAUUGUUUAUUAUGACGAUAACUUAAAUGCAAAAUGAGCUAAGUUAAAAAAUUUCGUCAUCAUAAAAUCUGAAGAUAGUAAAUGUUUUUAAUAUAGUAAUUUUAAAAAACUUCUUAUAAAACAAAUCGAGUGCACACAAAAUUAAAUUUUGUCCAAAUUAAUUUUUUUUAGAUCUUUGUAUUGUUUGUUGUAAUAUGCAAAAAUAUACAACUUAGCUCAUUGUGCAAACAUGUGCAUCGUUAUAUAUUUCGCAUUUAGUUUUUAUUUUGCAUACGCAU